ACAUAAACAACAACCAUUUUCACCUAAAAAAAAAUCACACCUUACAAAGCUUGCAAUUCCCAUAUUUAUAUAUCUAAAUCGAGUUAAAUAUUCUUAAGGACAGCGUCACACCAUGUCUCAAGUUAAAGAGUCUCCGCAAUUUUUCAACAACUUUCUACUCUAAAUUCUCACACAUAACAACCAUUUGCAUCUACCAGAAUCACACCACACCUACAAAGCUUACAAUUCUCAUGUAUAUACACUUGAACUGUCUGAAAUAUCCUUAAGAACAGUAUCACAGACACAACUCAAGCUAGAGAGUUUUCGUGAAUUACGAAUAUUUUUCAACAACUUUUUACUCUAAAUUCUCACACACAUAACAACAACCAUUCUCACUUACAAAAAUCACACCUACAAAAGCUUGCAAUUUCUCAAAUAAAUCGAAGAAAAUAAAAUUAUCCAUCGAUGAAAGUUAUAUUACUUUCAAUCGUAACGAUUUCUUUAGUCAUUGCAAUUAAAUCAUCCUCUAUUAAUCCAUCGAUAUUACACGAAUUUUCUAUUAUAUGGUCUGGUUUAAUUUCAUGGCUUAAACCUCCGUACCUUUACAUUUUACUUAACAGUAUUAUCAUUAUCAUAGUUGCUACUUCGCAAUCGCCACAUACUAAGGUACAAUAUUCUGAUGAUGAUCGAUCACGACCGUUGAUUUCUGCUGAAUCGAAGAUGUGUGAGCAUGUGACUGAACCAGUAGCUGAACCGGAGAUGUUUGAUGUUGUGAAUGAACAACAUUCUGACAAUCAAUCGCUUUCUGCUGAAUCAAAGAUGUGUGAGCAUGUGACUGAAUCGGUAUUUGAGCCGGAGAUGUUUGAUGUUGUGAAUGAACAACAUUCUGACAAUCAAUCGCUUUCUGCUGAAUCAAAGAUGUGUGAGCAUGUGACUGAAUCGGUAUUUGAACCGGAGAUGUUUGAUGUUGUGAAUGAACAUUAUUCUGACAAUCCAUCAGUUUCUGCUGAAUCAAAGAUGUGUGAGCAUGUGACUGAAGCGGUAGAAGCUAAGUUUGUCAUUUCAACAUUGCCAGAAGCUGAAAGGGAGCUUCUUGAACAGUUAGUGAUUGAGAAACCAUUGGUUUCUUCAAGGUUCAGUCAGCGGAAAACGCUGACGAGGUCCAGUCCCCAAGGGGCGAAAUCGUUGCGGGUAGCAAGAGUAAAAAGACAAGAAACAUUAGAGACCACGUGGAAGAAGAUAACGGAGGGUCGCCACGUGCCGCUCACGAGACACUUCAACAAGACGGAUACGUGGCGACAUCAGAACCGGGGAAGUGAAUCCCCGGUUCAAAACACAAAAAGAACAACACUUGAACCGUCACCGAGUCAGGAUGAGCUGAACCGGCGGGUUGAAGCAUUUAUAAAAAAAUUUAAUGAAGAAAUGAAAUUACAAAGAGAACAAUCAUUACAAAAGUAUAUGGAAAUGAUUAAUCGUGGGGUUUAAAUUUAUUUUAGUAGUUUAUACUAUUUUUU